AUGUCUGAAGAAAAAGAUGUUGACUACUCACUCAAGAACCCCGACGUUCUUACCAAGUACAAGACCGCAGCCGCCAUUGGCGAAAAGGUGCUUGCUGCUGUGUCGCAGCUAUGCGUUGCCGGGGAGAAGAUUGUAACCAUUUGCCAGAAGGGUGACAAGCUUAUUGAGGAGGAGGUUUCCAAGGUCUACCGCACCACCAAGCUCAAGGGCUUCUCUCACCCCACCACUGUUUCCCCAUCAUCCUACGUCACGCCCUACACACCCCUAGCGACCGAUACUGCUGAGGCCAAUAUCGUGCUUCAGCCUGGAGAGCUGGUGAAGAUCCAACUCGGCGCACAAAUCGAUGGGUUUGGGUCCAUCGUCUGCGACACGAUCAUCGUCCCCUCUAAAGAUGGCGCCGAAGAUGUCGUCACUGGACGCACUGCUGACUUGAUGUUGGCUAAUUACUACGCAAAUGAACUGCUCUUGCGGCUUAUGUUACCUCCUGGACUGUUGGCAAGCGGUACUGAUGAAGAGAAAGCCAAGGCCGCCGCUGUGAAGCCACCUACACAGUCCAAGAUUACCUCUUUACUGGAUAAAGUAGUGAAAAGCUACGAAUGUAACCUCGUUGAGAGUACAACCUCAUGGCUUUUCGAUCGCAAUGAGAUUGAAGGCACCAAGAAGAUCGUCUUGGCGCCCGCUGAGGGUACCAAGGGUGAAGGUGUCCCUCAGAUUGGCGAGGUUUGGGGCGUUGAGAUGGGAGUAACUUUGGGUUCUGGCAAGGUCAAGACUCUGGACCAGCGGGCCACGCUGCAUCGCCGCACUACCAACACAUAUAUCCUCAAGUCACAGACGGCCCGUAAGACUCUGUCGACCAUCCAGGCCAAGUUUGGCCAUUUCCCUUUCAGCUUGAGACAGCUCGAAGAAGAGGGUGGCGAUACGAAAUAUAAGGUCGGAGUCUUUGAUGGCGUCCGUUCCAAUGUGUUACGGCAGUACGAAUUGGUUGGAGACAAAGAUGGCCAACCAAUUGCUAGGUCAUUAACUACACUUGCGAUUACCAAGAACGGUAUCACGAAACUGGGUGCUCCACCAGCACUUGAUCUUAGCAAAUACCAGACAGACAAGAAGAUCACAGAUGAAGAGAUUUUGAAGAUUCUUGAACAACCUCUAGCUAAAAAUAAGGGUAAGAGCAAAAACAAGAAGAAGAAGCCGGCCAAGAAGGGUACCGAAGAGAAUGGAAAUGAGGAUGAUGAGUAG